GAGUGGGACGGUAUCGGUCACACUGGAAACACAUUGGAAUCAACAAAGGUCUGCGUCUCGCAAAAAACUUAAAAUAUAUAAUAAUGCAGUAGAAUUUUGCCUCAACUGUCGUGGUCGUGAUCCGUCUUCUAUUCUUUGACUUGGCAAUUUCCACCUUCAAAAAGCGGGCGGCCAAAUAAUUCCACGCUACUCACGGGCAGCAUGGUAACUUAAACCCAAAAAAAAAUAAUUUUUUUUUGGUGACAGUGCAUAAAAUCUAAAAUAACCCCAAUCACCAUUGCUGUGUGUGCGGCAGAGAGAAUUUCUAUACAAAAUUUACCGUACAUUUUGUUAAAGUCAUGUCACACAUUGAAAAUGUGUUUAAUCUGGUGCGGGCCCGCCUCCAGGCAGAGAAGGUGAAACUGUGGGAGGAGCCGUACUACAUGGAAGGCGUCGGCAGCAUUGAAAUUGUGAUGGAGGAGCUGGCUAAGCGCUACGCCCAGUUCCUUGGGAUCGAGGUCUCAAACUGCAUGAGCGCCCUCAGCGAGCUGCAGGACCAUGCCCUGCGAAAGUUGGCCGCCCGUCGUGAAUUUAGCGAGACGGGAAUGGCCACCUUCAAGGUGCGUCGCAUCGAUAACCGCAGCGGCACCACCACUAUGCUGGAGAUCAAGUGUGACCUGAAUUCGCUGGGCUCCGAGCUGCAGGCGGCCAUAGCUGCCAAGCUGCAGCUGAGCAAUCCCCAGCACGUCAAGUGCAUCGCAUCCGGGAAAAUGGUAGCGCCAAACGUCACGCUAGGAGCACAGAGUCUGAAGAAUAACCAGGCUGUAAUUGUGAUCAUUGGCCAGGGCGAUAACAAGAAUGCUGGCCUCUACGAGAGGCUGAACAAAAUCAAGUCUGAUGUGGAGGCGGUGGUAGCGUCGCAGAACCGCCUGAUGGAGAUGGAGGAUCAGGAUGGAAAUCCAGUUUUUCUACCACCCGAGGAGAACCGCGCUUUGUUGUUGGCCCUCGGCUUUUGUGAGAAGGCCAAGGCGGCCAUGCAGCGGGAGGAUUACGAGGAAUCGCUGCUCCUGCUGCUCGAGGGCGACGAAAAGUUUGCCACCUGCAAAUCGAGCUUCCUCGAGUCGGUGGACAACUUUGCGCUGCUCAAUCUGGACAUUGUCUGGUGCUACAUGUGCCUCAAGAACGUCUCCCAGCUGCCCGACGCGGAGGCGCGAUUGGCGAUCUGUGAGCGCAGCUUCCGCCGCAGCUACGGUGACAACUUUGAGCGUCUGUACGCCCUCAAGGGGCGCGACUGCCCAGAGCGGGCUCUCUUUAUGCGCCUCAAGCUGCUGCAGGGAAUCGUUCUCUUCCACCAGAAUCGCCGCGACGAGGCCUUCGAGAGGUUUGAGGCUGCCUCCACGCUGCUCAAGGAACUGAAGGUCGACGAGGACAAGCUGCUGCUACUGAUGGAGAUGGGCUUCGGUAUGGGCGAGGCCAGGCUCGCUCUGCGCUCCUGCUCGGGCAGUGGCGGCAACAUUGACCAGGCCGUGCAGUUCAUUCAAGAGCGCAAGAAAAAGCUGAGCGAUGCCCGUAAGCAGUCCAAGAAGGAGCGCAAGGUGCAUGGCGAUGCCAACAGAGAGAAUGCCAAAGAUGAAGGCUGGGUUAAUCCACGCAGUGUUUGCACCCUAGUCGAGAUGGGCUUCGACACAAAGUUGGCAACCCUGGCCCUGCGGCACACCGAGAACGACAUAGCAAGAGCCCUGGAUAUGCUGGAGAAGAACUCUGCUGCGCUGCAUGCCGCCUUGUCCGAGACCUGUACCGACAUCCGUGCGGAUGAGAACCAGAUGGCAGCCCUCCAGCUGCUGGGCUUUGACGAGGCGACGAUUCGCGCCGCCCUCGAGAGCACUGGGAACAGCGUUGAGGGGACCAUUGAGUUCCUGCUGAUGACCCUCCAGAGCGAGGCGAAGCUGAAAGAGUUUCUCGAGGGGGUCAAACAGCUGGCGAGCGACGGUAACGACGGACCGUCAACCUCUUCGCAGGCCCAGAACUCGUCGAUCAUUGCCUUGGUGAUGGCGAAGGCGCGCGAGCUGGAGUCGCUCAAGGCCUACGAACGCUUCCAUUCGGAUAUUAGCCAGAGCGACCAGGACUAUCUCGAUCUGCCGCUGAUCCAUGAGGAGCAGCUCCUGGGCGAGUAUCGUCGCCUGCUCGAGCAAUAAGCUGCGCAAGCGAAAACAAUUGUAAACGGCUGGAGCGGCUAUAAAAUGAUUAGAAUUUCGAUGGAGAACCGGUUGUGGCGAUAACUGUAAUCAUGACUUGUCUAUUGCAAAUCGUCGUCUUAUAAAUGCCACUUAAGUGGCACUCAUCCACUCAGCCCUCCCUCCCGCUACCCGUUACCCGUUACCCACCGUGUGCCGACUGUGGACUGUAUGUGUAUGUUUGUGUUUGAAUAACUUGGCAAAUACUAACAAUAUAAAGACUUACAACGAGAUAUAUGUAUAUAAAAUGUAUAGAUAUAGUAUAUAUUCUAUUGACAGCUGCGACAAUGUGAUUACGCUGCUGCCUGCAGCCCGUUCCCCUCCGGUCCAGGCCGUUCCGUUCCGUUCUAUCGCGAACCUGUUAACGUCUUUUGCAAUUACUUAUUGAACAUUUUGUUGUCUCCUGACUUUCGAUCCCAGCUCCAAGCAGCUUCCAGAAACGUGGCUAACAGCGAACCAGCACCAGCACCAGCACCAAGCCCACUCUCCAUCCCUCCCCGACAAAUGAGACUGGAUAUACGGCCAUAUUUAGUUAUAUUCCUGUGAUAGGUCGGUUGCCUUACAAUUCAAUGAAUAAAGAACACAGAAUACAA